UUAUAAACAGCGUGGCGCUUUCAAGGCCCCUCACGCAUGGAGGAUUUGUAUUUAAAGUGCCAUAACAGAAUCUUCUAUCUCUAACUCUCCUUCCUUGGCUUGGGUUCCCCCAAACACUUCAAAUUAACACUAGGCAGUAUCCAUGGCGUCCACCACGCCAGCUGCCGAAAUGGAGCUACAGCCGGUGAACGCUGUCGCGGCCGCAGCUGCCUCAGAGAGGGCCAAAUGGCUGCUCAGCUCUCCCAACCCGCCCUCCCCUUGGAGGCAGGUCUACAACUCCAUGAGAGAGUCAGUGCUGCCCGGAAUUAAAUCCGGGCAGCAGCCACGUCGGAACAAGCUCCUCGUCUUCCUAGAGGGCUUGUUCCCUAUACUUAAGUGGGGCAGAAACUACAAGGCCACCAAGUUCAAGAAAGAUCUCCUCGCGGGCCUUACGCUCGCCAGCCUCUGCAUUCCGCAGAGUAUUGGAUAUGCUAAUCUAGCCAAGCUUGACCCUCAAUAUGGACUAUACGCGAGCGUGGUGCCGCCGUUGAUCUACGCCCUAAUGGGGAGUUCGAGAGAGCUGGCCGUGGGGCCCGUCGCCGUGGUCUCGCUGCUCCUCUCCGCCAUGGUGUCGAAACUCGUGGACCCUGCCGCCGACCCGGCAUUGUACAGGCGGAUCAUCUUCACCGUCACCUUCUUCACCGGCGCCUUUCAGGCCAUGUUUGGCGUGUUCAGGUUUGGGUUUCUCAUCGAUUUUCUGUCACAUGCUGCGAUAGUCGGAUUCAUGGGCGGCGCCGCCAUUGUUAUCGGGCUGCAGCAGCUCAAGGGACUGCUCGGAAUCAGCCAUUUCACCUCCAAAACGGAUGUCAUCUCCGUUUCCAGCGCUGUAAUCGAAGCUCUUCGUCACCAAUGGUAUCCAUUGAAUUUCGUCCUGGGCUGUUCGUUUCUGAUCUUCAUUCUAGGCUGCCGGUUCAUAGGAAGAAGAUACAAGAAGGUAUUCUGGUUACCGGCCAUGGUAUUCUGGUUACCGGCCAUGGCGCCGCUCUUCUCGGUGAUGCUAUCGACCCUCAUCGUCUACUUAACGGAGGCCGACAAACGCGGUGUGAAAAUCGUGAAACACCUCAGAGCUGGUCUAAAUCCCACCUCACUUCAUCAGCUCGAUUUUGGAGCUCAACAUGUUGGUGGAGCAGCAAAAAUUGGAUUGAUUUGUGCACUUAUAGCUCUCACCGAAGCUAUAGCUGUUGGGAGGUCUUUUGCUUCGAUUAAAGGGUACCAUUUGGAUGGGAACAAGGAGAUGGUUGGCAUAGGAUGCAUGAACAUUGUUGGAUCUUUGACUUCUUGCUAUGCUACAACUGGUUCGUUUUCUCGAACAGCGGUGAACUUCAGCGCAGGGUGCGAGAGCGUGGUAUCCAACAUUGUGAUGUCAAUCACAGUGUUGAUAGCGCUGCUGUUUUUGACGAGAUUAUUAUACUACACACCACUCGCAAUAUUGGCUUCCAUAAUCUUGUCAGCCUUGCCUGGCCUUAUUGACAUAAACGCAGCUUAUAACAUAUGGAAGGUCGACAAGUUGGAUUUCAUCGUUUCUCUUGCCGCCUUCUUUGGUGUCUUGUUUGGCUCCAUCGAAAUCGGCCUCCUCGUCGCGGUAGGAAUUUCAUUUGGGAAGAUAAUUCUGCUGUCUAUCAAACCUAGUACAGAAGUACUCGGUAGAUUACCAGGAACAGAUAUUUUCUGCAGCGUUAAUCAAUUUCCCGUCGCCACCAAAAUUCCAGGCAUCAUCAUUAUUCGAAUUAAUUCUGGAACAUUGUGCUUUGCAAAUGCUAAUUUCAUUCGAGAAAGGAUUUUGAAGUGGUUGUCCGAUGAAAAUGAGAUCAACGGAAGUAAUAAAGCAGGGAUUCGUGUCAUGAUCCUCGACAUGACCAAUGUAAUGAACAUCGAUACCACCGGAAUUCAUGCUAUGGAGGAGCUGCACAGAGAACUGAUUUCUCGAGGGAUAGAGUUAGCAGUGGCAAAUCCAACAUGGCAAAUGAUUACAAAAAUGAAAGCAGCAAAUUUAGUCGAAAAAAUGGGAGCGGAAUGGAUUUUCCUGUGUGUAGGUGAUGCAGUGGAGGCAUCUCUCCGUCUCAAAAUGAAUAUGUAUAGUUGUUAAAUUUAUGAAUUGAGUGUGAACUAAUAUUGCAAUAAGAUAAAUACUAAGGUGAACUUAGUUUAGUUGAUAAUUUUUCCCCCUUUAAUUAAUAGAACGAAAUUAAAGUCUGCAUUUGAUGUGCGUGGGUGUGGAGUGUGUGAGUUGUAAUAAUUUAAUAAUAAUAAAACAAUAUAAAUUUGUGAAAUAUCAACGUUUCGAUUUAUAUA